AUGUUCAAGCAAUGGAAAGAGUUGAAAACAACCAAAGGGGACAAGAACAAGAAAGAGCAACAGAAUCAAAUAAAGAUACAGCUGCUGCAUUCGUGGCUUCCGCUGCUGUGCAGGGCGGGCAAUGGCAUCGACACGCCUGUCCUGAACAGCACGGAGAGGACGGAGUUGGAGGGAGUUCUGGAGGAGACAAUAGAAAUGCUUGAAGAGGUGGAGCAGCAAGAGAAGGUUUUGUCCCUUUGGCUUGACCACUUCACGCACUGUCCCUCCUCCGACUGGCCUAAUCUCUAUAAUGCUUAUGUUCGCUGGUGUGACGCCUCUCGCAAGCUCUUGGUUUCAUUAUCUAAUGAUGUGGAUGUAUAACAUUAUGUAAUUAUGUUCAUGUGAAACAAA